UUCGGCUCCACGUCCCUGGUACCAAAGUUACGUGUGUUUCUGCAUUCAAACGCGUCUCGACGUCGUCCUUCGAUUUGGAAAUUAUUGUUUUGGGAAAUUUUGAAAUAUAAACAAAAACAAAAAGCCAUCAAAACACUUUCUAAAUGAGUUUUGAUUCAUGAAUUGUUUGGGUUGAACAUUUCGAACUGGAUUUAUCUGCUGGCAAAGAUAUAGGUAAUUUUGAUGACUGUCGUUCAGCGAAACAAAGACUCAAAGCAACAUACAAUCUUUUGUCUGACUUCUAACUCAAAAAAAUGGUCAAUCUCAAAGUGUAACAGGAUCUUAAGGCCUUUAGAAUCCAAAAUCAAUUUGUAUCGAGAAAAAAUCAAAGUAUAUCCUCAAUAUAUCUUGAAAACUGACUAUUCUAUUAACAAUGGAAAGUAUUUUAUUUUGGAAGUUGAUUGCCUAGGAAAAAACAAUUUCUCCCCACUUUAUUAUAACACUUUGUCAAACUCACCAUCUUCUCAUAGUUCUAGAAAUGCUCAAUAUGCGUUUUCCCAUAGUUGUUCCUCCAGUGAACAAGAUGAUCACUGCAGUGAUUAUGAUGAUGAAUCUGUUUCAUAUAUAUUUGACAAGUCCAACGCCUCUAUAAUUGAGAGCGACGAUAACUCCAAAGAUGAAGAUUACAUUGAUGACGACAUUGAAGAUGUGGCUAUUUAUAAUAAUGAUGGAAGUUAUAAGGAUAUUAGUCCAAAUAAAUUUGAUUCAGACUGCCUUUGGUCUAAUCAAAAAAACUGUUUAUCUGAAGAAUCUUAUCAGUGUUUAUCUGAAUUUUUCGCUGAAUUUAAAAAAAUUAUAUUUAAUAUUGAUUAUACCGAUCCUAAAAAACUAGUUGAAAUCUCUUCGGUGGAAUUGGGUUUUCAUUUGAUUUUAAAUUCUUCAAGCCAAAUUUUUGAUGCAAAUGAUAACACCAGUUGCAAUAUUGAUAAUGAUAAUAUCAUUUCUUCCUUAAAUAUCAAUAAAUUAAACAGCGUAAAUAUUGACCAAGCUCUUGAAAAUUCCUACUCAAUGAUAUUUCAAUAUAGAAAAUGGUUAUUAUUGGGUAAAAUCAUUGGUUUGAUUCAAAUCAACUCUAACAUUUUGACUCCUUUAUUUCCUUCUUUAAUCCUUUAUUCAAUUGAAAAUAAUCUAACUUAUCUAGCCAAUUCACUAACAAGACUAUAUUUAAAAACAAUUGAAAUCAGUCAAUUUUGGUUAAAUUUUACACAUAUAUAUAAAUUACUUUCUUUGUUAAUGAGAAAUGGUAAAAAUAUCAAUAAAAAUACUAAUAAUAAUACUAUUGAUGAUAGUAUUAUUGAUAGCUAUUUAAAUCGUUAUUCUAUCAAUGAUUUCAUAGUUGAGUUUUUAUGCACCAAAUUAGAUUUCAAUGCUUUACUAACUAAUAAAUUUCAAAUUUUUAGCAUAAUUUUAUCUUCGGAUAAUCUGGAUAGAAAAAUAAUCAAAAAAAAAUAUGAUUCAAUUUUAUUUAUUACCUACUUGAUUUUUAAUAAUGUCGAUAAUUGUUUAGAUGUUUGCAAAGAGUUUAUUGAAACAAUAAAUUUAUUUAUUAAAAUCUCAACAUUUGAUGCUUUUAAUUUAAUAAAUAAUUUAUUCUUUGACAAGGUUUUAUUAUUCAUUCAAAAGGCUCAAAUGACGAAUAAAUCAAAUGAGAGUUUAGUAAAAAAAAUUGAAUUGUUGAAAUCACUUGUUUGGAUUUUAAAACCGUUUUACAAUAAUGGGUCUCUUGAUUUGAAUUUAAAUUUGAAUUUGAAUUUGAAUCUCAACAAUAUUCCUUUAAUAAAUGACAACCUCAUUAAUCUAAUUUUUCAGAUAUUUGAUAAUAAUCAGUUGAAAUUUUGCAAAUUAUUGGAGUUUUUAAUUAAUAACAUUCAGUUGAAUAAUUCAGUUAGUAUUGAUUUAUUAGUGUUGAUAUUCAAGAAUUUAAAUUUGAAUUUUAUAAUAGAGGAAUUUUGUUUAAUUUCCAAAAAUGAUUAUGAUAAGUUGAACAAUAGAUUUCAGACGAAAUAUAGAGGAAUUGAAAAAAGUAAACAGAGAAAAAGGAGGUUUUCGCACACUCAAAAAUUUAAAAAGGUAAAGUUUUUUAAAAAAAUUAAAAAAAAUGCAAUAUUUGAUGGUGGUUUAAUAAUUUGAUAUUAUUCACUUUAUACAAAUAGAUGGAUUGAUCUUAAUUUAGGAAACUUUAAUUUUCGAUAGAUAAAUAUGUAGGGAAAGAGGUUUUUCCGGACAAUAAAAGUUUAAAUUGUGGUAACUUUUAUUGAAUAUCUAAAAAUAAAUCACAAUAAAACUUUAAUUAGUUCGGCCAAACCCUUUUGAAUACACAAGCAAAGGAUACUGGCAGGUAUGAAUAGUGAUGGAAUAAGUGUGUCUCUGUUUUAGAUUCGAUUUAAAAUUGGCCAUAGUUGCAAUUGGAAGUCCAUUAACAGGAGUUUUCAGUAUUUGAAUUUACAGGAAUUUUCAGUAUUUGAGCAAGUUUUUAGAAAUCUUAA